CACGUGGAUCCUGCCGCUUCCACUUCCGUCGGCGGGCUGCAGAGCACGCAUGCGUGGUGGUGGGCGAAGUUGGCUGUUGUUCCGGUGGCUGCAGGUCUUAGUGUAAACAAGAAUGUUGGACAUCAGAAGCUGGGCAGAGUACAUUGUUGAAUGGGCUGCAAAAGACCCGUAUGGAUUCCUUUCAACAGUUAUCUUGGCACUAACCCCACUGUUCUUGGCAAGUGCAGUCUUAUCAUGGAAACUGGCGAAAAUGAUUGAGGCCAGAGAUCGAGAACAGAAGAAGAAACAAAAGCGUCAAGAAAACAUUAAUAAAGCAAAAAGACCAAAGAAGGAUUGAAACUAUAACUGGGAAACAUUCCUUAUCUUGAACAAAAAUGCAGCUUGUUUUUCAUCCUUAACAAUUGUGGUUAUAUUGUACAAUAGCCUCCCAAAGAUGGCACCAUAAUUCAGUGACUGUUUCAUUAGAAAUGUGCUUCUUCUAAUAUUUCAAGUUUUGGGUUUUUAAUGAUAUCCUUUAAUAUUGGGAUGAAAACUUUCAUUAAUGCUUUACAACUAAUUUUCUACUUUUACUGCUUCCUGUUCCUGUUUCAUAAAACCUGUAAUCUUGUGAUUAUGAAGGUGUACGGAACCACUGCACUGAAAUCAAUAUAUUGAUACAUGCAUAAAAAUGAUGUUUGGAAGUCAAUACAAGGUUACUGUUUUUGAAUUGAAAAAUAA